UUAUAACUCAAUUACAAAAUAUGAUAAGUGAAGUCUUACUACUAAAGAAACAUGGGGGAGCCAGGAAUAAUAAGAAAGUUAAAUGAAGAAGUAGUUAAUCGUAUAGCUGCUGGUGAAAUUGUUCAAAGGCCUUCAAAUGCGUUGAAAGAGUUAAUAGAAAACAGUUUAGACGCAAAAGCAACAAACAUCGUAAUAACCGUAAAGGCUGGCGGAUUAAAAUAUUUACAGAUUCAAGAUAAUGGCACAGGUAUAAGGAGUGAGGACUUAGAGAUAGUUUGUGAAAGGUUCACUACAUCAAAACUGAGGGAAUAUGAGGACCUGAAAGAGAUUGCCACAUAUGGGUUCCGGGGCGAAGCCCUAUCUAGCAUCAGUCAUAUAGCUCAUCUUACUAUACUCACUAAGACAGCUGCCUCUAAAUGUGCUUAUAAAGCAUCUUAUGAAAAUGGAAAAUUGAAGGCUGCAAUGAAGCCAUGUGCUGGCAACAAUGGAACUCAAAUAACAGUAGAAGAUCUGUUCUACAAUGUAAUAGCUCGUAAGAAGUCUCUCAGGAGCCCUACAGAGGAGUAUACGCACAUAAUGGAGGUAGUUGGAGGGUAUGCAAUACAUAACAGCCAUGUAGGUUUUACUUUGAAGAAAUUUGGAGAGAACACAGAUUUGAAGACCCCUGUCAACUCUUCUGUCAUUGAGAAUGUUCGGAUUAUCCACGGUAACACGAUAGCUCGAGAACUGAUGGAAAUAGAGCUACACGAUCCUUCACUUAAGCUCAAUUUGCGAGGUUAUAUAACAAAUGUUAAUUACUCGCAUAAGAAAGGAACUAUGCUAUUGUUCAUCAACCAUAGACUCGUGGACUCGCUAUCAAUAAGAAAAGCUGUGGAUUCGAUAUAUUCAACUUAUUUACCUAAAAAUGCGCACGCGUUCGUCUACCUCAGCCUGGAGUUAGAUCCAAGAAACGUCGAUGUGAACGUUCACCCGACUAAACACGAAGUGCAGUUUCUGUAUGAAGAGCAAAUCAUUGAGAAGAUCAAGUCCUGCAUCGAGAGCAAGUUGCUCAGUUGUAAUUCUACCAGGGUUAUGUACACACAGGCACGUUUACCAGGCGCCACAAUGGUAGAAGAGAUCGUGAAAAAAACAACAGAAACUAAAGCAAACCCUAGUUAUAUGGUCAGAGUGAACUCGGACGUACAGAAAAUAGAUAAAUUCUUUCCCACACUAAACAAACCGAAUGAAACUGUAACCGACACUGACAUCAAUAUGGACGAACAAAACGAGGCUGUGAACACAAAAGUACCAGAUGUAAUUGUUAAUACAGAAUCUCAGGAAGUUUUAGAAAGUUCUAUACUCGAAGAACCAAGAAAUGAAAAGGAUAGACAGGAAAAAUACAAGACUCAUACAGCUGUAGACCAAGCUAAUUUAAGCUAUAUUGACCCAAAAGAAUCUUUUAAAACAAGAACUUUUAAGUACGAAAGAGUCGAAACUAAGUUGACCAGUGUGAAACAGCUUAGACUAGAUGUUGAGAACAAAUGUAACAUGAACCUGAGAGAGAUUCUAGCGAAUUUGAUCUUUAUUGCGUGUAUUGAUUGCCACAAGUCUCUCAUACAACAUUCAACUAAAUUAUAUUUGUGCGAUACGACUAGAUUUGCGGAAGAAUUGUUUUACGAGACACUGCUGUACGACUUUCAGAACUUCGGCCUAAUAAAACUGUCCAGCCCUUUGCCUCUAGAAGAACUAUUUGUCCUAGGACUAAGCUCGCAGGAUAGUAAUUGGGACCCAGAAUUAGGUGAUAUGAGAGACAUGGCUCAGCAAAUGUCCGAGUUACUUGUUGGCAAGCGAAAUAUGCUGUACGAGUACUUCUCAUUUGAAAUAAAUAGCAAUGGAGAACUGUUGGCGCUGCCAUUGUUAUUAGAUGGCCACACCCCAUUUAUGGGCGCUCUUCCCACGUACCUCGUUCGUUUGGUUACCGAAGUGAAUUGGGAUAGUGAAAAGGAAUGUUUCGAAACCUUUAGCCGACAGACAGCCAUAUUUUACUCCCAGCCUAACCCAGACCCAAAUCCAGACAGUUUGAGAUCUGAACAAUGGCGACAGGAACAUGUCUUGUUCCCUGCAAUUAGAAGAAAUUUUUUGCCGCCAACUACCUUCGUCCACAACGGCGCCAUAUUGCAAAUUGCGAGCCUAAACGAUUUGUAUAAAGUGUUCGAAAGAUGUUAACUAAGAGAAAUAAACAUUAAGCUUUUAUUUUAAU